AUGGAUAGCAUAAUACACACAAUAUACUGUCCAAAUAAUGAGCGAAGAGACAGGGUUCCACCCAAGCUCGAUCAGGCUUUUAGUGUGACCGGCGAAGGCACGCAAAUCCAGGCGAUUUAUCUCGCGGAACGCCGCAACACAGUUGGCGCCACUUUGACGAGCAUGUGCGCGCUGAGGUCGGAACGGGUGGCAAUGACCCGUUUCGCCUUAUACAGCGCUUGCGAAACCCACCUUCACAUUCCCCUGAACAGAUGUUCUCGCCCGGCGCAAGGUUGCUGCCUACUCCGCAACCGGCGUAAUGAUGGCAAAACUCAUGGUACCAAGCACGGACCCUGUGGAACGCCA